CGCGAGGCAUGCGCGGGAACGGCGCCUUCUCUCUCUCUCUCUCGAACGUCUUCGUCCGACACGUUGAUUCGGGAGGAGCGGUCGCACUUAACCGGCGGCUAUCGAGGUAGUGGGAACGCGCGGCGCCUUCUUCCUUCCUUUCGUUCCGUUUCGUUCCGCUCUCGAGGCGGCCCGCGUGGUCGCGCGUCCUUCCGUCCCAGUCGACGAUCUCGAUUCCCGCGAGCCGUGUCGUUGGCGACCCCGUCAUGACGAUGAUUCUCGACGAACUCUCGUCCUUGGAUCGCGCGCGCGCGUGAAACCUAUUUCUUCGUUCCAUAGCGCGAGAUCUGGAAGAAUUCUGGAAGAAUUCGCGAAGGAUAUCACGAAAAAGUGUGCGUGAGUUUUUGGUGGGCGUGUGACUCUUCGAAUGAUCGGAGGAGAGGGGAUGACGAGACUCGGGGAGAAGAGGCAUCGUUGGAGCUUGCUCGUGCUGCUCGCGAUCACCGUAGCAGCGGCACAGGGUCGCGUGGAGGAGACGCAGAUGGACACGCACGAGGGGUCGACGGUACAGCUGCAGUGCCGUUUCUCCCCGCCCAGGGAAAACGUAACGUGCUUCUGGUUGACGCACACGAACGAUAAUCACGACAACGCGGCGAUCGAUAAUCUCUCGUUAUCGCCUCAGUACAAGGUGUUUAUGAAUCUGGAGGAGGGUCGCUACGACCUUCAGAUAAGAAACGUCUCGUACGAGAGGGACAACGGCAAGUACGAGUGUCGGGUGAAGGCGAGCGGAACGGGGCACGACCUGCACCGAAAGUUCAUCACUCUGACCGUGCUGAGGGCGCCGGGGCCGCCCACCAUAUCCCCGACCUCGGCCUCCGCGACCGAGGGCCAGAAGCUCGAGCUGCAGUGCAACACGAACGGCGGCAGCCCCGAGCCCGAGGUCAGAUGGUACCGCGGCAACGAGACUGCCGUCCUCCACUCGGGCAGGACGUUGACGGUCGAGCCGAAGAAGGAGGACGACAGGGCGACGUUCCGUUGCGUGGUGAGGAAUCGCGCGAUGCGCGAGGGCGAGACGUUGAACGCGACGGUCACCCUCGACGUGAAUUACUUCCCCCGGGUGAGCGUCGGCCCCGAGAAUCCUCUCAAGGUGGAGGUGAACGGGACCGCUAAUCUCGAGUGCCGCGUCGACUCGAAACCGGCGGUGGGCAUGGUGCGGUGGUGGAGGGACGGGAGCUUCGUGGCGACCAGCUUCCAGCACACGAUACGAAGGGUGGCCGUCCAGGACGCGGGCAAGUACACCUGCCAGGCGGACAACGGCCUCGGCAAGAGGGGGGAGAGUUCCCUUCUGCUGGACGUGCUCUAUCCACCCACCGUCUCGAUAGAGGGCGAUCCCCUGAGGAUCGCCGAGGUCGAGGACACGGUCACCGUCCACUGCAACGUGACGGCCAAUCCCCCCCCGUCCGUGAUCGAGUGGCUGCGCGACGGCCGCCCCGAUUUUCGACAACUCGGCUCGAUCCUCCGCCUCAGCCGCGUGACCGCCGACCACGCGGGCAAUUACACUUGCCGCGCAGUGAACACCAUCCAUCCGUCCGGCGGCGAGAGGAGGAACUACUCGGCCACGGCUCGGCUCACCGUUCGCGUCAGGCACAAACCCGGCCCGGCCCGGGUAACCCCCGACUCCCCGGUCGCCGUCGAGGGAUCCAAAGUUAUUCUCACCUGCAUGGCGAGCCCGGCCGGCUACCCGGAGCCCAGGUACAAGUGGUGGAAGGAGGGCGAGUCCGGGACCACGUCGAUGCCCUCGGUCAACGUCGGCCCCAAAUACGAGAUCGACUCGGUCCACUUGGGCAGCGAGGGGACGUACAAGUGCCACGCGACCAACGAGAUCGGCAACGGGGAGGCGGCAUCCGUCAACCUCACCGUCCACCAACCGCCCAAGAUACUCACCAAGUUGCAACCGCACGUUACCAGGAAGGUCGGCGAGUCGUCGUUCCAAGUGUCGUGCGUUGCGCAGGGGAAGCCCCGGCCGAGCGUGCGGUGGUUGAAGGACGACCAAGAGUUGACCGCGGACGAGAGGUUGUACAAGGUGACGACGAGCGCGUCGGAGGGGCACGGGAACGUGAUCACGGUGAACUCGACGCUGAGCUUCUUGGGCCACGCGAGGCCCCAGACGGACGAGAUCGUGGCGAGCGAUCGGGGCAAGUACACGUGCGUGUUCGUGAACGAGGUGAAGAAGGUCGAGUCGACGAUGAUGCUGAAGGUGGAGCACGAGCCUAUCGCGUUGCACCAGCACGGCAAGGUGGCGUACAAUUUGAGGGAGACGGCCGAGGUGGCGUGCAAGGUUCAAGCGUGGCCCAAGCCCGAGUUCCAGUGGAGUUUCGGGACGAACGCCGCCAGCCUCCAAGGCUCGUCCAGCGACGGCCAUUACGAGAUCUCGACCACGAGCGACAACUACGACGUGUACACCUCGGUCCUCAGGAUAACCAACAUCCGAGAGCUCGAUUACGGGGAUUACAGUUGCAGGGCGGCGAACGCCCAGGGAAGCAUCACCUCGACCAUCAGGCUGCAGCCGAAGGGGGCGCCCGAGAGGCCCAUCAACAUCACGGCGAUGGACGUCGGCCCGACCCACGUCGCCCUCCUCUGGGAGCUGGGCUUCGACGGUGGCCUCCCCAUCACCAAGUACUUCGUCUCGUACAGAAGGGUGCCGGGCGGGGACGAGAUCGUGGCGCCCGACUGCGCCGUGCCCAGGCCGCCAGCCGGCCAAUGGCUCGAGCUCGACUGCCGCAGGUCCAACCCGUGCAACGUGACCAACCUCGAGCAACACCAGACCUACACGUUCAAGGUGAAGGUGUACAACACGAAGAACCACUCGGAUUACUCGGACGAGGUGACAGCGACCACCGCCGUGGCCAAGAUCCCGGCACCGUUGAGGGUCAGCUACGACCCGGAGAGCGGCAUGCUGGCCAUCGGCGUGGGCGCCACCUGCCUCUCGCUCGUCGCCUCGAUCGAGAAGUUGGACGGCCCGCCCUCCUCCUCCUCCUCCUCCGUGGACGAGUCCUCCCAGUGGAGGAUCCUCGACGAGUGGCCCCUCGAGGUGCUGGGCAGCGCGCCCACUCAAAGAGGCGUCCUCGACGACCCCGAGUCCGUGGACGCGAACGAGCCCCGGCUCAGGGUCACUUGCCUGAAGGCGGAUCGGCAAAAGUGCGGCGAGUACGGGGAGGCUAAGAUCGGCCCGUCGUACAUCGCCCAGGCCGGAGCUCUGGCGACGCCGACUUUGAUCGCUUUGGUGGUGAGCGGCGCCGUCUUCCUCCUCUUCGCCGCCCUUCUCUUGCUCUUUUGUCGGUGUCGUCGAAAACACGCGACCAAAGCCAAGGACUACGAGAUGGACUCGAACGCGGUACGGCCCAGUCUGGUCGCCGGAAACGGGCAGCAGAGCCAGGCACCUCCGCCCUACUACGCCGAGAACAAAGCGUUGGAGCACAGCUUGGACCACGCUCUGGCCAUGGAGGACUCCAAGACGCCCGCUUACUCGCAGCCCGGCUACGGUUACCAUCAACCGAACCACAACAUCAACGGCGUCAACAUGGGCUACAUGGACAACAGCUACUCGAACUCGAAUAACGGGGGCUCGGUGAACUCGCAGGACUCGAUCUGGCAGAUGAAGUCGGCCGCCGCGAACGGGGUCGGCCAACCCUACGACCUGGCCGGAUACGCGACCACCGAGUCGGAUUACCCGACCCAUCCUCAUUACCUGCCGCAGAGGGAGGAUUACCGGGAGAGCCAUAAUCUAAGUCGACAGCAGUUUUGCUCGGAACCAUUCGCCACCGUCGUAAAGUCUCAAAAACACGUCGAUUCGCCGUACGACGUGUCCGGUCUACCCUAUCAGGAGAACUACGACGAGGACGCGAAGCCACCGCAGCAGGUCAGCCUGUCGUACGACGAGAGCCUGGAAUCGGGAUACUCGACCCCGAACAGCCGGGGACGGCGGAUCAUCCGCGAGAUAAUCGUUUGAGAUCUGCCUACCGGCUCGCGAGCCGGAAC